AUGACUGACUACCGCUUGCCGAUCCAUCAACCUCCGCCGCCUCGAAAGCCGGUCGCGGGGAUGCACUCCGGAUACCCCUACCAGUCUUAUGAAGGGGCCCACCACCAUCAAUAUGCCCCUCACCCGUCUGCCGCCGCCAUUGCGCAUAACCGCCGACGAACAUCUUCCUCUCAUGUCAUACCCUACAUGGGUCAACAACAACAACAACAACACCACUCUGCUGGUCCCUCUCCGCAUCAUUCCAUGACGGCUGCGGCCCCUUACCCACCCUCUAGACGCCUGUCCAGUGCAACCACCUCCACCAGCUCCACCGGCAACACCCCGAACAUGUACUAUAGUGGUAAUGUCUCGGAUAUCCGGCGAAGCACGUCCUCGCGCUCGGCCAACGCUCAACUGGGAUAUGUCGCCUUAAUGCGGAGACAGAAGGCGACUGUUUGGUGUGAUCGGGCUCAGCCAGAGGAUCCGCGAUUGCGGGCCCAGAAAUUGGUGGAUAAAAAGCGGGCAUAUCUGGAAGUCCAUGGCGCAGGCGCCGGACGUACGGGCACCCUGGGAAGCGGCAAAAACAAGCACGGCACCAAAGGAGGCACCGACUUCUCACCCUCAGCCCUUGUGGGUGCGACGGUUCCGGUCCGCCUCAGCGCUAAUGAAGUGGGCGAUGCCGACGAAGAUGCUCAUAGCGACCGUGGCUUUCCGUACCGGCGAACUGGUAGUGGUCGCAGCUCUCUUGGAAGCAACUCGCGCUAUCCCAGUGGAUAUCAGCGAAGCACUGUGGGUAGCAGUGGCUCGCCAUCAAACGAGAUGAGUGAUUUGCCCGAUGUGUCCGAGCAUCCUCGCGCAGAAACGGCCGAAGCCGAGGCGAACAAUGCCUCCAUUAAGGACAACGCCUCCUUGAAUAGCUUAGGCAGCGAACCGGAAGACAAAUUCGGUACCCUGGCGGAUAUGGCCGCCCCUAGUGCUGCACGUGUUGCCAUCGAGAAGGCCAAAAAGGCAGACGAGCUGAGACGUCGGGGCAGCGUGGAUGAUAGGACGACAUCAAUGACCAAUGUCCGACUCUUCGUCGCCAAUCCGGAUUUAAGUGACUGA